GCAUAUACUCAAAUAUUGAUCAAAACUGGAUUUAUUUCAGGUGUUUUCUUCGAAUUGUGUAUAUCUCAUAAAAAAGAGAAUUCGGAAGUUGUAGAAAUGAGUUGCGGAUGGGCAUAUAUGAAUCUGUUUGAUGAUAUGGGAAAACCUAUUAAUAGCAGGGCCAGAGUUUUGAAAGUGCACAAUACUGUUCCUUUUGCGAUCCACCACGAGACUUCUCAUCCAGAGCAUCCAAGUGUGCUGAAGAAAUUUAGAAACAGGAGAAAGCUUCCAAGAUUGGUUGUUUCAAUAUUUAAUCCAGAGCAAAGCCUUAAUCAUCAACUAUGCACAUUGCCGACCUCAUUGAUUGGCCCAGUCUGUAGCAUUCCUAUACUGUCUUUGUACCGAGAAAUUACUGCUGAUGAUCUGUUGGAAAGGCCUUCAUCUGAUAGUACUCAGCAGAUCAUGUCACCGUAUCUUGCCACUUUUUCUCGAAUAUUCAAUGAAGUAGAUUUUGCUGAUAUUCUUCGGAUACUAUGGACAGAAAGGGUAAAGAGUGAAAAACUGAAUGAUCUUAAAAAAAGUUCCUACAGGAAGAAGGUAUUUCGAGAAAUGUAUAUGAAAACAGUGUUUAUCAUGUCAAAGUGCUGCAACCUGGGAACAUUUUCUGUGGAAAGAUCUUUAUUUGAUCAAGACCAAAGUACUGAAAUCAGAAAGCUUAUGAAUAUGUUUCAGGAAUCUGGCCAUAAAGCUAUGGUUUUGUCACCUGCAAUAGAAUUCAAGCCAUUGUCAAUAACUGAUUUUUCUGUAAAUGUUAUUCCUGAAUUUUAAUUGACUACAGUUUGAAAUUUUAUCUAGUUAGAACUAUGCUUAUUGCUUUCAUUAAGAAAUAAAUUUGGGAAUGUCAUUAGGAAUGAAAAAGGAUCAAGCUCUGACACAUUACAUCAAGUAGAUUCUAAAUCCGAAUGACUCCGUACAUUCCUAAAAAAAAAAAAAAAAAAAAAAAAAAAAAAAAAAAAAAACUGGGUUAUAUAGCAAUAAAAUUUUGGUGAAGCUCAGAGGUAUUGUGCAAUCAAUGUUACCUCAAAGCUUCAUGUUGAUUUUA